AUGGGGCCGUGGCAUCAUACAGCGACACAAAUCUUGGAGAACAUCCGCUCCGGUAAUUUCACAGUUGAGAAGUAUGCUUCAUCGCUACUUGAGCGAAUCAAGGAACGAGAUGACGAUGUGAGGGCUUGGGCAUAUCUUGACCCCAAGGCUGUUUUGGAACAGGCUAGAAAAUUAGACCAGACCCCAAAGGAUCAGCGAGGGCCACUGCAUGGACUUCCUGUUGGUAUAAAGGACAUCAUAUUGACCAAAGGUCAACAUCCCAAAGCAUUCUUUAGAAACGAUCACCCCGUAAUCGACGCUGGGUCGGUCAUGAUUCUCCGUCAAGCAGGAUGCCUGAUCUUCGGUAAAACUACAACAACUGAGUUUGCCGCAUCCUUCACAGGUCCAGCUACUCGCAAUGCACAUAGUACCGCUCAUACCCCAGGAGGCUCCUCAGCCGGUUCAGCCGCCGCAGUAGCAGACUUUCAGAUCCCCGUUGCACUAGGUUCCCAGACUGUAGGCUCCAUCGUUCGACCGGCUGCGUUCAACGGCAUCUACGGUUUCAAGCCUACUUGGGGAGCUAUCACACGAGAGGGACAGAAGUUCUGUGCUCCAACCGUUGAUACGAUUGGCUUCUUUUCCCGAAGCAUUUCGGAUUUUGAGAUCCUAAGUGACGUGUUUGCUUUGCACGAUGACGAGAAGAGCACGUUUGAGGAUAUCAAAGGCUCGAAAUUUGCUGUAUGCAGGACUUCGAAGUGGGACUUAGCUGGAGAGGGCACGAUCGCGGCUAUGGAUAAAGCUGUAGAGCUUCUAAAAGCACAUGGCGCCGAAGUUGAAGAGCUUGAUCUCGGCACAGACUUUGGUCAAGUGAUUGACUGGCACUUGACCCUCGUGCGUCUCGAGGGUGCAACGAGCCUGUGGCCAGAGUAUUACCAAGACAAGGACAAGCUUGAUCCAGUGUUGGCGAAAGGUGUUCAAGAGAAGCACAAGAUCUCACGAAAGACCCAGCUCGAUGCAUAUGAUGGGCUUGCAGCUCUACGACCGCGGUUCGAUGAGCUGGCAGAUAAGUAUGCCGCUGUGCUGGUUCCGAGUGUCUUUGACGAAGCUCCUGAAGGCCUUGGGAACACAGGAAGCCCUGUUUUUGCGGCGACUUGGACGGCGUUACAUACGCCAGUGGUCAAUAUUCCAGGUUUUCGUGGGAAGAGUAAUUUACCUGUGGGGAUUUCCCUUGUGUCUGCAAGACUUCGUGAUCGUCACCUCCUCAAGGUGAGCGAGGCUGUUGGUAAAAUCUUCGCGGCUGAGGGUGGGUGGAAAAAGUAG